AUGCACAAUUCCCUCUGGGACACGAGGGACAUCUCCUACUCAGGAUGUGCUGCUCAGGUCUUCCUGAUUUUCUUCUUCAUCUCAGCAGAGCUUUGCCUCCUGACCAUCAUGUGCUAUGACCGCUACGUGUCCAUCUGCAAACCCCUGCACUACGGGACCGUCCUGGGCAGCAGAGCUUGUGCCCACAUGGCAGCAGCUGCCUGGGCCAGUGCCUUUCUCAAUGCUCUCAUGCACAUAGCCAAUACAUUUUCCCUGCCCCUGUGCCAUGGCAAUGCCCUGGACCAGUUCUUCAGUGAAAUCCCCCAGAUCCUCAAGCUCUCUUGCUCACAGUCCAACUUCAGGGAACUUGGGCUAAUUGCUGUUAGUGUGUGUUUAGCUUUUGGCUGUUUUGUGUUCAUUGUUUUCUCCUAUGUGCAGAUCUUCAGGGCUGUGCUGAGGAUCCCCUCUGACCAGGGACGGCACAAAGCCUUUUCCACCUGCCUCCCUCACCUGGCUGUGGUCACCCUGUUCAUCAGCACUUCAUUUUUUACAUACCUGAAGCCCCCCUCCAUGUCCUCCCCAUCCCUGGAUCUGGCCCUGUCAGUUCUGUACUCGGUGGUGCCUCCAGCCCUGAACCCCCUCAUCUACAGCCUGAGGAACCAGGAGCUCAAGGCUGCACUGUGGAGACUGAUGACGGGAUGCUUCUGCCGAAGACAGUUCGUAGCAGAGCAGUCCGGAUCGGAAUCGGAAGGCGCCUCGGGAUCCUUCUCCCGUGACCUGCUGGACAGAGACGGGAGCCUUCGGACAGCUCUGACGACAGAUUCGCGCAACGCCGGGGGUGGCGGUCGCCCCGGCCGGCAGAAUAGCGGAGACGCGCGCGGCGGGCAAAACUCGCAAGAACCCGUGGGCAAAGUUGGCUCGAAUUGCGGGGCGGGCCCGGGUGCCGGCGGGGGCCGGCUGUACACACCGAUCGAGGUGUGA